AAAGAUUUGCCAUCCGGGGUCAUUUCAAAACACCUCUAGAGGAGGAAGACUAUCACUGAUAACAAUGUGGAUCAGAAGCCAUUACAGUGCUGAGGACUGGGAGGAGAACAUGUGUGGUAGUUACUGUAGAGGACACUGAGGCUACAUCCUGUGACAAAUUAUUAUGCAGUGUUGCGAAUAAUGCUAAGCAAGGAUUCAGUCAGGAUUAAGCUAAUUAAUUCGGACCGUAGACAGUGUGUUUAAACAAACAGGGAAAAAUAAGAGCUAGUUUAAGUGUUUCAGGAAGCGGUGGGUCUUCAUCUGUCGUUUAAAGUCAGUGACUCGACUUUACGGACAUCAUGGGGAAGUUUAUUCCCCCACCUUGGUGCCAGAACAGAGAAGAGCCUAGUCUAGUUUCUACAUGUAUUCAACCUGCUCAAUAGUUUAUAAUAGGUUUUUUACAGUGUACGAGAACUCCACUGGCCACAGUCCAUCCUCACGUGACGAUUCAGAAACACCACACACUGCUACAACUUACAGGAACAAGUGAGUGACAUGAGAUGGAGCGGUAGACGGUUAGGCUGGUGUACGAGUGUAUCAGAUGAAAAAGUAACCACCCCAAACCCCUCCCCUAUCGUACUACUGAUACCAACACAGGAAUGUGAAGAGCUUCCUCCAAGUCACGUGAAGCCAACCAACCACCUCAUCUCAACCUGCUCCUCAUGCGACAUCAGUGGACGGGGUAACACACUCAGAUGAACGUGCUAUCUGCCCCUUCCACAUGCAUGAUCUCAGAAACUGGCUAGUGUCACUUUGAUUCAUAGAGUCAAAGACAGAAUGGCCAGUUUUGAGUGUUUUGAGACAUUUCAACAAACCUCCCUAGUAACAGCUGAUUUCUGGACCAGUGUUUUUUAAUAUCCCAUGUUUAUAACUAAUCUUUUGAAAAAGGUUUCAGAUAGAAGCGGAUUAGUCAUAACUUGAUAAUGGCUCAUGCUAGCUAACUAAGGUAAGUGUUAUCCACUAAAACGUAACUGAAUAAAAGAAGAGCAAAAUAUGGUUGUAAAACAAGGAAGCAGGAGUAAGAGUGAUUUGAAAUGGUUUUAUGUUGAAUAGUAACUGUAUAAAGUGAGAUUUUGUCAUGGCACCUUAUUUCAUAAUGGCCCAAUAGAUAUCUUCCUGUUUAUUCAGUACACUUUAGUUCAUGUUUUUAUAAAACUGACAGUUCUUCAUGGAGACAGAACGGACAAUAAAACUCAAACACUGUUCAUUCUUGAUGCAUAGAUUUUUUUUUAUUAUUGAAAGAAGUAGUAAUACCAAAUAAUCUCUAAAAACUAAACUUUGAGUAGGUUACAGCCUUCCCUAUAUUUUUAAUUCUUUCUAUUAUUCAUACCAAAACAUUUUGGACAAUUUCAUGCUCUUUGUGGGAACAGUUUGGGGAUGACCCCUUCCUGUUCCAACAUGACUGCACACCAGUGACCAAAGCAAGGUCCAUAAAGACAUGGAUUUGGUGUGGAGGAACUCGACUGGCCUGCACAGAGUCCUGACCUCAACCCCAUAGAACACCUUUGGGAUGAAUUCAAGCGGAGACGGAAUUCAAUUAUUUGGAGGGGUGUCCACAAAACUUUUGGCAAUGUAGUGUAUGUAUGUAUGUAUGUAUGUAGCAGUCAAAAGUGGACAGGGUAAGAGAUCCAGUGGAAGGUUGGGUCACCUGAAGACUGGUGUUUUCAGGUAUACAAAGGUUAGAUAGCUACCUAGUAGGAAUAUAGGUAAGGCCAAUAGUAGUACUUUUUAUUCUAGAGCUCUUGAUAUUAUUGAGACAGAACAUAAGACUGGUGAUGAAGCUCAGGAUGAGAGAACAGAUCGAAAGAAGACUUUGAGCCUAAAGAAAUUUUUAAGGCUUAUUCCAGGUAAAUCUCACAACUCCUGUAAUUUCUACAUCACUUUUUAGACUUAUUAAACAGAACACAGUGAAAUUUGAGGAGAUUAACUUUGCUUUCAAUCCAGCAGGAGGCGAUAAGUCAUCUUUCAGCCAUGAAACCAUCUGAUAAUGAAACAGAAGAGCUAGAGUUAUGCAACGCUGAAAUCAUCUCUGGAGCUCUUUCUGCCCCAUGUGUCCUGCACAAUAUUACAUCUUAUCUAGAUUUUAAAAGCUAGCAGCAUUAAAGAGGGUAAAUGUCCUGAGAUAAGACCAUGCUGCCCACAAGAGACUUCAGUAGUCAGCAACAAUCUACUGCUACAGCUUGUCCUGUCUCCGGUCAUGUACAAGUAAAGACAGAGCUUCACCACUGUUCAGACUGUGGGAAGAGUUUUGCUUACCUCAGCAGUCUUAAGAAACACCAGCGCUAUCACACCGGAGAGAAGCCCUACGACUGCUCGCAGUGCGGGAAGCGGUUUAAUCGACUCGGAAACUUCAAGCGACACCAACAAAUUCACACGGGGGAAAAGCCGUUCUGCUGCCCGCAGUGUGGGAAGAGUUUUACUCAGCUCUGCUAUUUCAAGGAACACCAACGAAUUCACACAGGAGAAAAACCGUUUCUUUGCUUACAGUGUGGAAACCGUUUUACUCAGUCCAGCACUCUCAGAAGACACCAGCGCAUCCACACCGGAGAGAAGCCCUAUCACUGCUCGCAGUGUGAGAGGAGUUUCACUCGGUUCAGUAGUUUUAAGAAACACCAACAUAUCCACACAGGAGAGAAACCGUUCAUCUGCUUAGAAUGCGGGAGCAGGUUCACUCACCUGGGUAACCUCAAGACGCACCAACGCAUCCACACGGGGGAGAGGCCGUAUCACUGCUCGCAGUGCGGGAAGCAUUUCACACGACUCAGUAGUUUCAAGCAACACCAACAAAUUCACACCGGAGAGAAACCGUUCAUCUGCUUAGAGUGCGGGAGCAGGUUCACUCACUGCGGCACUCUCAAAACACACCAGCGCAUCCACACGGGAGAGAAACCCUAUCACUGCUCACACUGCGGAAAGAGCUUCGCUCACAUGAAUAAUUUCCAGCGCCACCAAGGAAUUCACACAGAAGGACAGAAACCGUAUAGCUGCUCACAGUGUGGGAAGAGUUUUAAUCUGGAGCGCAACCUCCAAGAUCACCAGCGCGUCCAUACGGUAGGGGACCGGUAUCACUGUUCACACUGCGGGAAGCAGUUCACUCGACGCAGCAACUUCAAGCAACACCAACGGAUUCACACGGGAGAGAAACCGUUUAUCUGCGUACACUGCGGAAGAGGUUUCACUCAGCGAGGCACUCUCAAAACACACCAGCGCAUCCAUACGGGAGAGAAGCCGUAUCACUGCUCACACUGCGGAAAGACUUUUGCUCAUAUAAGUACGUUCCAGCGCCACCAAGAAAGUCACACGUGAUAACCUCCAUGAACACCGGUGCACUGGGUCUGUAGACACCAGAGCAUACACACAGGCAUCAUCUCCAACAUCACCAGUAUUCAUUAUGUACAUCUUCUGGCAUGGUCAACAGAGGUGUAAAGUAAUUAUAAAUGUGUGCAUUAACAUAGUGCCAUCAGUUUUUGAUGUAUACAAGAAACGGUACCUUGACGGAGAUAUUAUUAUUGUAGCCGACUAUUAGAGUACAUCCAAGUGGACAAUAAACAAUAAACAUGAAUCCAAAUCAGGUGAACAGUGUAGGAAUUACAGCACUUUGUAUAUUUGCAUGUUUAAAACUUCUGACCAUAUUCAUGUCUUCUAUAACAAAUUCCUUUUAACAGAGCCCAAAUUUCUAUAUCGGUUAUUAUAGUAAAAAACAAACCCAAUGGACCAAACAAGUUAUUUUGUGAUAAGACAAUGAAACAAUGCUCGCUCUCGCUCUCUCUCUCUCUCUCUCUCUCUCUCUCUCUCCAUUUAUAUA